AUGUUCUUGAAUAUCUCAUCCUUAUCGGGGAUCAUUUGUACCGCAUGGAUUAUGAGAAAUUUGUCCAAGCUCAGCAGAGAAAUUCUGGCCGUUUCUUUUUUUCUGGUGGCUGCAACUUGUUCCCUCACUCUCUCUUGCGGCCGUGCCUCCUCCUUCUCAGAAUGGAUUCACAGAUUAAGCAUGCCAUCUGUGAUCAUAGACUACAAAUUACCUUAUCGAAGUGGAACUGCAACAACUGUUCUCAUCAAUGGAUUCCACACUGCUAAAGGAAACAAGAUGGCCAAGAAACAGGUUCAUGGGUUCUUGAAAUUUUUCUCGUUUAGUUUCCUCUGGAGUUUCUUCCAGUGGUUCUACUCUGGUGGACAACAAUGUGAAUUCAUUAAUUUCCCGACCUUUGGAUUGAAAGCUUGGAGACAAACAUUUUACUUCGAUUUCAGCAUGACUUAUAUAGGAGCAGGAAUGAUUUGCUCCCAUCUUGUGAACUUGUCUCUUCUUCUAUCCUUAUCUACUGGAAAUACCAAAGUUUCUCCACUUUAUCUUGAAGAAUAUAAUACCAGAUGGCCAUACCCUCUCUUAUCCAAGAUGGCCAUUCUCAAUCUUCACCGUCCAUCUUGA